UCGGUCUCAGUCUGGUUUUGUUCCGAUGGCGGAGAAGUUCACUGUUCCGAGUUCUGGCUCCAGUUGCAGCAUUUCGUCCCUUUCCAGCGCGCUGUCCAACACCAGGCUCGAUUUGCUGGACUCGGAGGGCUCUGCUGCCCGCAAUGGAGCUCAUGUGUCCCGAUCGGGCGCCAGUUUUCAGGCGCAGAGGCGCCGACUCCGCCGGCGCUCAAGCAGCUACAGCGUGGAAUCGGCGGACAGUCCAACUGAGGUUCGAGUGUUGGUGAUAAAUACCGGAGGAACUAUUGGCAUGAUGUACAGAGAUAACGUACUUGCACCACAAGCAAACUCCCUUGUCAAAGCCCUUCGAAAAAUGCCAGGCCUGCAUGAUGAAUGUUAUGCUCAAGAAACCAAACUUUAUGACUUCUGUGACUCACCAGAAAACACUUUGGUUCUUCCUCGUUGUAGGCCAAAUAAAAGGAUUGUAUACACAGUUAUUGAAUAUUCACCACUUCUAGACUCCUGUAACAUGAACACAGAUGACUGGGCUAAAAUUGCAGUCGAUAUCGAGAAUAAUUACCAACAAUACAAUGGUUUUGUAAUCCUUCAUGGCACAGAUACAAUGGCCUAUACCGCUUCAGCCCUUUCUUUCAUGUGUGAGAACCAAGGAAAACCCAUCGUCUUGACUGGCUCUCAGAGAUUCUUUGCUCAGGAAGAGUAA